AUGUCAAGAGAUGCGUGUGAUAUGUGUCCUUUCAUGACCGGCACCGACCGUUUGGUGGACCCCCGGGAUGAUGCAGCUCUUUGGGUUACUAUAGAAUUCCCAGAAGAAAUGGGGCUUACGCAUAACGAUGAACAGUUGAUGGAUUUUGUUGUUCAGCAGGUUCAAUUGGACGAGGUCAAGAUUUUCAAUCACGCACAGCAUUACCAGAGAUCCUUGUGCCUCUCACUACCAGUCAUAGGAGUUCUUGGAGACGAGGAACACAAUGAUGUAGUCAUGGCUCAGGCUAAGACUUUGGCGCUCUGGUGGCUUAGAGAAAUCCAAGCACACAGAGUUCAGCUGGGCUGGCAUGUGAUUUUCCCUCAGUUCGGCCAGAAAAAGUUAUAA